AUGUGGUUGAUUACCCCUUACACGGUCACAAUCUGUUUUAAUAUUGUAUAUAAAGACCUAGAGGCCGGGGUAAGCCCAGCGGUAGUGAGCAGUAUGAGGCUGAUAAUCACACUAACGGCUUUGUCAUGUGUGCUAUGGCAGGUGUCCGCCAUGGCUGUCCAUGGUGGGUGGAACUGGGAGAAAUGUCGGAAACAAUACGAGCAACUCCGUGCUGAGGUUCGACAGCUCCAGGAAACAGUCGCCUAUCUCAAAAGCUCCGUCUCAAAAUACUCCCACUAUUACGUUAAAGGUCCGAGAGGUCCCCCUGGUCCUGCAGGGCCGAUGGGUCCCAAGGGAGACCCCGGAGUACAAGGAGAAAAGGGAGAUCCCGGAAGUCAAGGAGCACCUGGAAUGAAAGGUGACCAAGGAGUACAAGGGCCUAAGGGAGAAAAGGGGGACCGAGGACCUAGAGGAUUCACUGGUAAAUCUGGGGAAAAGGGCGACAAAGGAAAUACUGGGCCAAAGGGAAAUACCGGACCUCAAGGUCCACCGGGAGAAAAAGGUCAAAAAGGAGAAAAGGGCGAAAAGGGAGAUAGGGGGCCAAGAGGAUUUAGAGGUGAGAAAGGAGAUAAAGGAGACCCAGGUGAUCAGGGACCUAAGGGCGACCAGGGUCCAGCAGGACUUCCUGGACUUCCUGGAAAGGAUGGGAAAAGGGGACCAAGGGGCCCUCAAGGUCCACAAGGAGAACAGGGUCCUAAAGGAGACAAGGGAAUGCAAGGUCAAAUGGGACAAAAAGGUAAUCAAGGUGAGAAGGGAGAUCAAGGUCCAAGGGGUCUUCAAGGCAACACCGGACCAAGAGGUCCUCGUGGUUUGCAGGGACCUCAGGGACCACGAGGAAUGAAAGGAGAAAAAGGAGAUGAUGGUCUCAAAGGAGAAAAAGGGGAUACUGGACCAAGGGGUUCCCGAGGAUUUAAGGGCCCCAAAGGUGAUCAAGGCCCACAAGGAAGAAGGGGGCCACCUGGUGGAAAGGGAGAAAAGGGAGAAAAGGGCGAAAAAGGAGCCAAGGGAGACAAAGGCGACCCAGGGGAGCAAGGGCCUCAGGGGGAGACUGGUCCAAAGGGUGAUCAAGGACCAAUGGGACUACCAGGACCGAAAGGUAAAAGAGGACCGAGGGGACCACGAGGUUUCAGGGGUCCAAAGGGAGACAAAGGGGAUCCAGGAAUUGUGGAAAAAAAUUAUGCAUACUAACAUAUUAAUCGUGCGAUUUGUAAUAUGGAACCCAUAUUUUAUUGAUUUUAUAUUACGUAGUAAACAUUAAAUGAUUUGUACAUAU